CAAAGAUGGCGGCCGUGAGUUAGAGAGCGGCGGGCGGCGGCGCCAGCGGCGGACACUUCUAGGAGCGGCCGCGGGAGGACCGGGAGCGACCGAGAGAGAGGAUCUUUAAAGAGAUGAAGGGUUGAAAACAAAAAGUCGCGCAUGGGACACAAUUACGCAGCCAAUUCUCGCCCAACCCGGAAGUUUAUGUCGGUAACACGUGUUGGUGGGGAAGGUGGCGAGGCCGGGAACCGGGACCCUCCCGCUGCCUUCCCGCGGGGCUGGCGCGCCCGGCCGGAGCCCCGCAGCUCCCGGUGGGGCUGAAAGCCGCAGCGACAGACCCGGCCUCAAAGUCCAGUGAUUCUUAACGAGCGCACCUCAAACAGAGGUUGCUAGGAGAUGGUGGAGCCAGGACAAGAUCUGUUGCUUGCUGCUUUGAGUGAGAGUGGAAUCAGUCCAAAUGACCUGUUUGAUAUCGACUCUCCGGACAUGGUUCUUGCAACUCCAGCACCAACUCCAGCUGUUCAGCAGUCAGUGCCACUUAGUGCUUUAGAACUAGGCUUGGAGACUGAGGCCACAGCUGCUGUGAAGCAAGAACCAGAGACUGUAUCGACUCCAGCCUUAUUAAAUGUUCGGCAACCACCAUCCACCACAACCUUUGUGCUGAAUCAAAUAAAUCAGCUUCCAACUUUGGGGACUACGCUAGUGAUGACAAAAACAACACCUGUUACAACUACAAGGCAGACUAUCACUGUAGCAAAAAUCAUUCAGACCAGCACAACUACUCGUCCCUCGGUUGCAGCACCAGCAGUUCGCAAUGCCUUGACCACUGCACCUUCAAAGGACCAGAUUCAGCUGAAAGAUCUGCUAAAGAACAAUAGUCUUAAUGAACUCAUGAAGUUGAAGCCACCUCCUAAUAUUGCCCAGCCAGUAGCAACUGCAGCAAAUAUAAUUGUAGUUUGUCCUGAGGUGGUAAAUGCCACUCGAUCAGCUGAUCUAAGCAAUGGUGCCGUGAAGAAGGAGGCUUCCACAAAAGAGGUAGCAAGAAUAUGGAUAAAUGAUAUUAAAAUGAGAAGUUUUUCCCCUACUAUGAAAGUGCCAGCAGUAAAAGAAGAGGAGGAACCCGAGGAAGAAGAUGAAGAAGAAAUGGGCCAUGCAGAAACUUACGCCGAGUAUAUGCCAAUAAAACUAAAAAUUGGUCUACGUCACCCUGACCCAGUAGUGGAAACCAGCUCGUUAUCCAGCGUAACUCCUCCCGAUGUGUGGUACCAGACAUCAAUAUCAGAAGAAACAAUUGAUAGUGGCUGGUUGUCAGCUCUGCAGCUUGAAGCAAUCACUUACGCAGCCCAGCAACAUGAAACAUUCCUGCCCAAUGGAGACAGAGCUGGAUUCUUGAUAGGUGAUGGUGCUGGUGUAGGAAAAGGAAGGACCAUAGCUGGAAUAAUCUAUGAAAAUUACUUGUUAGGCAGAAAAAGAGCAGUCUGGUUUAGCGUGUCAAAUGAUCUGAAAUACGAUGCUGAAAGAGAUUUGAGAGAUAUUGGAGCAAAAAACAUAUUGGUUCAUUCAUUAAACAAGUUCAAGUAUGGGAAAAUUUCUUCCAAACAUAAUGGAAGUGUGAAGAAAGGGGUCAUCUUUGCUACCUACUCUUCUCUUAUUGGUGAAAGUCAGUCUGGUGGUAAAUACAAAACCAGAUUAAAGCAGCUUCUGCACUGGUGCGGUGAAGACUUUGAUGGAGUCAUUGUAUUCGAUGAGUGUCAUAAAGCAAAGAAUCUGUGUCCUGUUGGUUCCUCCAAACCAACAAAAACAGGUCUGGCUGUAUUGGAACUUCAGAAUAAACUUCCGAAAGCCAGGGUUGUUUAUGCCAGUGCCACAGGUGCAUCUGAGCCAAGAAAUAUGGCAUAUAUGAACCGUCUUGGAAUAUGGGGUGAAGGAACUCCUUUUAGGGAAUUCAGUGAUUUUAUUCAGGCUGUUGAAAGAAGAGGUGUUGGUGCCAUGGAAAUAGUUGCUAUGGAUAUGAAGCUGAGAGGAAUGUACAUAGCAAGACAGUUGAGUUUUUCAGGUGUAACUUUCAAAAUUGAUGAAGUUCUGCUUUCACAGGAAUAUGUUAAAAUGUACAAUAAAUCUGUGAAACUGUGGGUCAGUGCUAGAGAGAGGUUUCAGCAAGCAGCCGACCUUAUUGAUGCCGAACAACGAAUGAAGAAGUCCAUGUGGGGUCAGUUUUGGUCAGCUCACCAGAGGUUCUUCAAGUACCUUUGCAUAGCAUCUAAAGUAAAGAGGGUGGUGCAGCUGGCUCGGGAAGAAAUCAAGAAUGGGAAGUGUGUUGUUAUUGGCCUGCAGUCAACAGGAGAAGCAAGAACAUUAGAAGCUUUGGAGGAAGGUGGUGGUGAACUGAAUGACUUUGUUUCUACAGCAAAAGGAGUAUUCCAGUCUCUUAUUGAAAAGCACUUUCCAGCUCCUGACAGGAAGAAGCUGUUUAGCUUGUUGGGAAUUGACUUGACUGCUCAAAGUAAUAACAAUUCACCCAGAGACAGCCCUUGUAAGGAGAACAAAAUAAAGAAACGGAAAGGUGAAGAAAUAAGCAGAGAAGCAAAAAAAGCUCGCAAAACAGGUGGCCUUGCAGGUAGCAGCUCUGAUGAGAGUGAAAGUGAGUCUGAUGCUUCAGACAAUGAAGAAAGUGACAAUGAGAGCUCCAGGUUUUUGAGUUCUGGAGAUGAUGAUGACUUCAACCCGUUCAGAGAUGAAUCCAGUGAAGAUGAUGAAGAUGAUCCCUGGUUAAUUAGAAAAGAGCAUAAAAAGAAUAAAGACAAGAAAAAGAAGAAAAGCAUAGACCCAGAUUCUAUUCAAAGUGCCUUACUAGCUUCUGGUCUCGGAUCAAAACGACCUAGCUGUUUCACUUCCACCGUUGGUACCACCACCUCUAGUACCAACACGUCAGCCAACAGUAACACAAACAGCAGCUUUGUAACAAGUCAGGAUGCUGUCGAAAGGGCUCAGCAAAUGAAAAAAGAACUGCUUGAUAAACUGGAAAAGCUGGCUGAAGAUCUUCCACCAAACACACUGGAUGAGCUUAUAGAUGAACUGGGUGGUCCUGAAAACGUUGCCGAGAUGACGGGCCGCAAAGGGAGAGUUGUGAGCAACGAUGAUGGCAGCAUAUCUUAUGAGUCGAGGUCUGAACUUGAUGUGCCUGUUGAGAUUCUGAACAUCACAGAGAAGCAGAGGUUCAUGGAUGGAGAUAAGAACAUUGCCAUCAUCUCGGAGGCUGCCAGCUCUGGUAUAUCGCUGCAAGCAGACCGCAGAGCUAAGAAUCAGAGACGGAGGGUUCACAUGACUCUGGAAUUGCCGUGGAGCGCAGAUCGGGCAAUACAGCAGUUUGGAAGAACUCACCGAUCCAACCAAGUGACUGCUCCAGAGUACGUGUUCCUCAUUUCCGAGUUGGCAGGAGAGCAGAGAUUUGCAUCUAUCGUUGCAAAAAGACUGGAGAGUUUGGGAGCCCUCACCCAUGGGGACAGACGGGCUACAGAAACUCGAGACCUCAGCAGAUUCAAUUUUGACAACAAGUAUGGCAGAAAUGCCUUAGAGAUUGUUAUGAAAUCCAUUGUGAACUUGGACUCGCCAAUGGUCUCACCUCCUCCUGAUUUUCCUGGAGACUUCUUCAAAGAUGUCCGUCAGGGAUUGAUUGGCGUAGGCUUGAUAAAUGUAGAAGACAGAUCUGGAAUACUAACGCUUGAUAAAGAUUAUAACAAUAUAGGGAAGUUUCUGAACAGAAUUCUUGGCAUGGAAGUCCAUCAGCAGAAUGCUUUAUUCCAGUACUUUUCUGACACGUUAAGUGCAGUUAUUCAAAAUGCUAAAAAGAAUGGAAGAUACGAUAUGGGCAUCUUGGAUUUGGGCUCUGGGGAUGAGAAGGUGAGAAAGGCAGAAGUUAAGAAGUUUUUAACUCCCGGAUAUUCUACCUCUGGACAUGUAGAACUGUACACAAUCAGUGUGGAGAGAGGAAUGUCUUGGGAUGAAGCAACUAAGAUCUGGGCAGAACAGACGGGUCCAGAUGAUGGAUUUUAUUUAUCACUACAGAUAAGAAAUAACAAGAAAACUGCUAUCCUAGUAAAAGAAGUGAAUCCUAAAAAGAAGCUUUUUUUAGUAUACAGACCAAAUACUGGGAAACAACUCAAACUCGAAACAUGUGCAGACCUGAAAAAGAAAUAUAAGAAGGUUCCUUCUGAAGAUGCUCUGCCACACUGGUUGGAGCAGUACAACUCUUCUGCGGAUACCUGCACUCAUGCUUACUGGAGAGGCAAUUGUAAGAAGGCAGGCUUGGGAUUAGUUUGUGAAGUGGGACUCCGCUGUCGGACUUACUACGUCCUGUGUGGUUCAGUAUUGAGCGUCUGGACAAAAGUAGAAGGCGUUCUAGCCUCUGUGAGUGGUACCAAUGUGAAAAUGCAAAUCGUUCGUCUAAGAACAGAAGAUGGGCAGAGGAUUGUAGGUCUGAUCAUUCCUGCAAAUUGUGUAUCGCCCCUUGUAAACCUCCUGUCGACGUCAGACCAGUCGCAGCAGCUUGCAGUACAACAGCAGCAGAUCUGGCAGCAGCAUCACCCACAGAGCAUCACCAAUUUCAACAAUGCAUAAAGAGGACAAACUACAGGUGUUGACUUUGGUGUUUUGAGGAAAAGGCUGUAAAAGCAUAUCACUUGCAUAAAAAUCAGGGACAGAUUCCAAAGAAAUAUAAAUUUUUCAGUUCAGUUGUGUGCUCUCAAAUACUUUGGGAAUAAAGAGAUCUUAAAAGGUUGGUAGAACUGAAAGCCAGCAGUUGUUUAUGGUGGUGCAUCUGUCUUUCCUUAUGCUCUCUGUAGUGCUUCCUGUUUGCUUUUACUUUUGGCCUUUUAAGCUACAAAACCACAAUUUGUUUGAAAAUGCUUGAAAAUCCCCAAGCAGGCUUUAUUUUUGUCAUACAGUGCUCAGGGUUUAACGCAGUGCAUCAAUGCCAUUGCUGUGGGAGAUAUCCUUGAAUGCAUGUAUUGAGUAUAUAUAUAGAAAAAUAUAUAUUGGGUUUUUUCUCUUCAAUUUAUAAGUUUCUAAAAGCAUGAAACCUAGAAGUUGCACAUCAUGCAUUCAGGUUCCUUCCCAGUUUCUGUUUGACAGUGCAUGUCUUUGGAAACGGGCAUGGACAGGAUGAACACACAAGACAGGAAUUCGGAGAGAAACACAAUCUUAGUUGUACAGCAUUGGUUAUUGCAUUUUUAUAGUGUUUCUACCCAGGUGUGGCAUUUUUUCUGGUUCUCUCCUGGGGGUUAUAUAUUUGAGUCUACAACAUGUUCUUUUUUGUGAUAAAACAUCUUAAAUUAAACUUAGUUCCUUUUUAAUGUAUUAAUGGUAUUCCUCCUGUGUACUGCAAAGGCGGCUGGAUGCCUCUUUUCCUUCAAUUGAAGCAUUUCCUGACUCCGAGGUGGUUACAGAAACUGAAGUGCAAAUUCACUUCCAUCUCGCACACAAUCUUCUCUUUUUUACUUCAUUAACGUAAUUUAAUUUGUCACUUGUAAGAUGAAACCUACUUGAGCUGUAAAUUAGAGAAUGGGAAACACUUGAGGGUUCCGCUGUAUGUGCUGUUUCUGUUACCCAGUAACUUGAAUACUGUUUAAUAUGUUGUAAGACAUUGUAGAGUUUAUCUGGAGCUGUUUAAAAGAAAUUGUAAUGUACAAAUGUGAAUAGUCACUUAUCUAUAAUAUGGGUAAGUUUUGUUUUGCCUAUAAUAGUAGAUGUUUAUAAGAAAGUGAAGGACAAUGUUUGUCAUUUCUUGCUUGCACAGGUUGCACUAUUGAAAAAUUGAGAUUGUAUAAACCUGUCCAAAAAAAAACCCUACAAGAUAAUGAUCUUGUAGAUGUCAAAUAAAAGUUAUUGUACUAACAAGAAGUGGAGUCUUGUUUAGGCAAUCGCUGUAUGCCAAAAAGAACUAACAAGUCUGUACAAUUGGAAUUUGACAGGACUUGGCAUGUUCCAGUCUGCUUGAACCAGGCUUCUGUCUCGCAGCCCUAAUGUCUCAGCUGAACUCAUUAAUGAGGCAAGAAGUCAACUCUGCUUAAACCUGGAUGCAUGCUUUAAGUGAGGCUCCCCUGACAGAGCAGCACAUCCACCAUAGAGGUAGGGUAUGUCACUUGGGUAAGGGUGAGCCAGAUUCGAGGGUCGUGAAGAGGGAAGAAGGGAGCCAGAAGUUCCACAGCUUCAGGCUGAAGUGAGUCCCUUAGGUGAAUUACUGCACUUGAGGUUCUGUUAAUGCUGCCUGGGCUGGCACCAAAGGGUGCUGUUGCAGAGGGUCUGCCUGCUUUCCUCAGCUUCCAGCCUGGAGUGCUGGAGGGGAUGAAUCUCGGCACAUGCUGCUCACUAAAUACAGAUCUAGAAUAAAUCAGCAUGUUCCUCGUUGCUGUAGCACCUGCUCCACCUCUGUACAGUGCUUGCACUGCAGGCAAUAGGUGUUCAGGAGGGUUUUAAGCUUGCAGUAGGGAGGGGAAGCUUGCCUGAGUGCUGUAAGGCCAGUAGGAGCUGACUGUGCCCUGGAAAACCCAGACACAGAGAGGGUGUGGGGGAGGACACUCGUGGGUUUCAUACCCACCACUGGGUGUAUUUGGCAUCCAGUCCAGGAAGAGUGAUGGGAUGUUGACAGAUUGGUGUUGCAGCAGAGAGUGCCAGUAAUGGCAAGCUCUGUGUGUGCUUCGCUAUCUCUCUAAUUAUUACUAUUUGGUGUAGAAACUUUCCCUGUCUGAGAUGGUAACAUAACAUUUAGGUCCUAAUCCUCAGUGAGAUGGCUCUAGAAGUGGUAGGUUCACAAACAGUGUUGUGUUGGUUUUAAAUAAGUCAUUAUUUAAAUACACUUCAGUUCCUCAGUGCUCUUCCAGCUUGUUGUACUAACUUUGGUUGUUGGGAUGAGCAGUGAGUGGGAUAUCCUGUAUGGAUAAUCAAGCCACACUGCUCUGGGUGUUGAUAGCACAUGCUCUUUGUUCACACCCACUUAAAACCCCAUGGACUAGUGUCCCCUAGAGGGAAAAACCCAACAGCACUUAAGAGGAUCCUUAAGAACUAUUCCCAUUCCAGAGCUCUCUUCCCUUACUUCCUCUCCUUUGCCUGCUCUGUGCUAUUUGCCACCAUCCAUGCGUUGGCUUUGUCAUUCAGUUACUAACACAGCUGCACCCACAGCUCUGGAGUGUUCUAACAACUUAAAGGUUAACAUCAAACAGAAAAGAGCCUUCAAGCUACAGAAACAUUUUUCCUCUUGAAAAUUCCUGCUUGGUGGUUGGGGUGUGGUUUCUGGGUAGUCGUUUGUUCCUCAUGUGAGCUCUGAUAAAGCUUGGGGGAGAAAAGGGAUAUAAAUAGCACUGGGGAUGGGAUAAGGAACAGCUCUGCAGUAUCCUGCAGCAUUGCUCAGAAGACAAACAUCCUCAGAGGGAGGAAAGAGGAGAGACUUGACUGUCACAUCAUGCAAAUUAUGGUCUCUCUACUUCCUUCUUGUGGGCCAUUGAUCUGCUUUGUACAAAUCACCACCUGAAAUGGACUUAGAAAGUGUAGAUGUGUCCUAACAGGGGCAAAGCUAAAUGUAAACCAGUAGUAAUUUCUGUACUGCGUUGAGUUUUGGAACUGUGCUGUAGGAGGGGAAGGUGCAGAAUGGAGUUAACUUGGGAGCUGAAGGGAUAAAAUUCGGCGUUUUCUCUUUGAAGCUGUCCCUUGACAGCAGCUAAACUUUGACUUCUUAAAUCGUUUCAUACCUGAGCUGUGUCUGGCACAGGAACUGCAAUUACAGCCCAUUAAACCGCUCUCUGCGCAGCAAGUUUUCAGUUUGUUUUCCCCAUCUCCGUGCAGUGCAUUGGGAACACACCUCUUGUAAGGACUCGGAGUUGUCAGCGUGCAGUAUUGCCUUUGUAAAUGAAGAAAAGCUCUGCAACCUGUAAACAUUUGUCAAGUGAAUUACCAAGGGGGGGGGUUGUAUCUUUCUGUUGCGUUUGGAACAAGCUUCAUUCAGAUGCCGUCGCAGUCUGUACAUAUAUCGGGAGAGUAUGUAUGUAUAUAGAGAUGUUAAAGGCUACUGAAUUGUUGAAUGUAAAUAACUCUUGGUUUCCUUUUGUGUUUGUUUUUCCUUCAUGACCUUCCCAAGAUGUAUUCCUAUUUUCUCAACCUGCCAAACAGGCACUUUGUGUGUACUUGGAAAUACAUAUAGAGCAUAUAUAAACCUUC